AUGGUUGAUCUAUUGAAAUUCGAAUCCUUGCCGUUGGAAAUACUAUUUGAAAUUUUUGAAUAUAUCGAACCUUAUCGUUUAUACGUUGGUUUUUAUAAUCUAAACUUUCGUCUUAAUUCAAUAAUUGACGCGACUGAUAUUCGACUAACAAUAGACAAGUACAUGUGUCGAAAAAAAUAUGCUCAUUGUUAUGGCUACGUGAUACCACGGGUUAUGGAUCGCUUAACGUAUUUACACAUUCCUGAGAAUAGAUUAGAAAAGUUUUUAAAAUCAUUUGAUCUUGCCGACUUCACAUCUAUUCGCUCAUUAUCGUUAGAUGAUCCAAAACAUUUGGAUGACGAAAGAAGGAUUUUAGUCAAAUUAUCAAAAUUAAAACAUCUUGUGCGGUUACAACUAAUCGGUGAUCAGCAUGAUAUUAGUUUAGGUUCGACUGACUUUACGCUACAUUCGCUUGAAUAUUUAAAUAUUAGGCGGUGUUCUGUGAAAGACCUUUUAGUCAUGUUUCAAAUUUUACCAAAUAUCAAACAUAUUAAAUGUAACCUAGCACUAGUGUCACAUAGCGUGACAUUUAGUGAUAUUCAGCUAUUACUGACUAAUUUACCCCAAUUAAAGCACUUGAUGUGUGCUUGUUACGUUACUGGUUGUGCCGAUGGUCGUGAAUGGGCCAAAUUACUGUCAACACUAUCUUUAUUAACGAAAUUUCAAUUAUUGAUUGAUUCAGAACGAGUAGAUGAGACGGUCGAUGAUCUGGUCCAUUCGUGGACGGAUAACAAAUGGAAUAUUCAAGUUGAGUACAACAACAAGUAUUUCUAUGCUUACACGUUACCAUUUAUUGACUCACGCUGGUUUUCAACAUAUUUAUAUGACAUGAAAACGUCUCGUCUUGAAGGUCAAAGAUCGAACAGCUUUGAUGUCCAAUAUUUAUAUAUCACGGUCACGAACAAAGAUAAUGACAUACCAAAGCGUUAUUAUUCGAAUGUUUACUCAUUAUUAAUACGUCCCAAAUCUCAAAGUUUACUGCUACCCACAUUUUUAGACGAUAUAUCGAAAAUGGUUCAGUUAUCAUCUGUUCAGGAAAUAGGUGAGAAAAAAUAUGUUGGAGAGUAUGAAACCUUCGAUGAACAUUUUGAAUCAUGGCUGCAGGAUUUCAUUGAACUCAACGCUCUCCACAUGGAAUAUGAGAGCAAUUCUAACCAGAAAUUAGCAGAAGUAUUGAAAUAUUGGGAAAAGUUAUUUGAUUCGGAUUUCUCAAGCAUCGUGGUUAUGUUUACGACCUUAUAUCACGAAGGAUUAGCCGAUUAUUUUAGUACGAGAGAAGAUUUUGUUUCAGCAAUAAAAUUCUAUGCAAAAGCAAUGAUAUUGUGGAUGAAUACGAAAACAUCAUAUCCAUUAACAGAUCAUGUAUGUCGUUGUUGUAAAAAGAUUUGCGAAGCUCUAACAAGCCAAGUGCGUAUUACGACAGCAGACAAUGCCAGCGAUCUGUAUUUAUGUCUUACGUGGAUGACACAGACAGGCAUAAAGUUCGAGGCUUUUGAGGCACUCUUUGCAACUGAGAGAUGGGAAAACGACAAGGACGUCACGCAUCUAUAA